AUGCGUCGCGCAGCAGUACGGGCGUUCCGGACAACGAGCCAGCAUACGGUCCGUGGCCUAUUACAACGCACAAACCGCCGCUCCGCCGCCCUCUUCCUCCAAUCCGCCUCCCACCACAAUCCCCACAAUCACCAGCACUACCAGGCCCUCAACAGCCAGCGAGUGCGCUACCUCUCGUCGACACCGUUUGUCCACUCGCUGCAGCGGCGAUCGUCGCGUAUAUCGUCGUCGUCCUCAUUACCACCGCCGCCCAACUCGUCGGGCGAGCCGCUCCACUCCUCCAUGCACGUCCGGCGGCUGUCCGUUGCGCUCGUGUCGGGCAUUGUCGGUUACGGCGCCUACUACGCAUACCAGGGCCAGGGCGGCACACCUGCGGGCCAGUCUCUGUUCUCGACGAAAGCGGCGGCGGCGGCGGCGGGUGCCGUCACAUCCACGACGGGCGCAUCCCUGGCGGGGCCCGGAGCCACGACGGGCUCGGAAGCUGCACAGACGACGCGUAACGUGCUUGUCAUUGGCGCCAACGAGCUGAGCACAGGCACUCUGGUCGGCGACGGACCGAUCUUGAAAAUGACAGACGGGUCUGGCCGGCGCGUGCUCGAGAUGCUGGCUCCCGACCAAGUGACGCAGCGGCUGCGCACGAACGAGGAGUCGUACGGGAUCAACCGCGGCAAGGGCGUCCUUCGCUACGACCUCGUGCAGCUGGCCAGCAACGACCCGAUCGAGGACGACCACGCCGAGAAGAUUGUCGAGGUGCCGACCAAGAGCGCUGCCGGCAGCGUUGUGAGCAGCGACUCCUCCGACUGGAUGUUCUGGGGCGUCUUUGACGGUCAUUCCGGAUGGACGACGUCGGCAAAGCUGCGCCAGGCGUUGAUCAACUACGUGGCCCGCGAGCUGAACGAGACGUACAAGGCUGCCCCGAGCGAGGCCGGCCCGCCAGCCGACGCCAUUGAGGGCGCCAUCAAGAUCGGCUUCACGCGUCUGGACGAUGAUAUUGUCAACCAGAGCGCGGAAAAGGUCCUGAGCCAAAAAUCCAAGACGGUUGCCGCCGAGCUGCUGGCGCCGGCGCUGUCCGGCUCGUGUGCACUCCUGUCCUUUUACGACAGCAAAUCAAAGCUGCUGCGUGUGGCUUGCACCGGAGACUCGCGCGCGGUGCUUGGCCGCCGCUCACCGUCGGGCAAGUGGACUGCCACGCCGCUCUCGGUCGACCAGACCGGCAGCAACCCCGACGAGGUGGCCCGCAUGCGUGGCCUGCACCCUGGCGAAGAGCAUGUCAUCCGCAACGGCCGCGUGCUGGGCGGCCUGGAGCCCACGCGCGCCUUUGGCGAUGCCUCGUACAAGUGGACGCGCGACGUCUCGGACCGCCUGCGCAACUCGUUCUUUGGCCGCAGCCAGUCGCCGUUUAUGCGCACGCCGCCGUACGUCACGGCCGAGCCGGUGGUGACGACGACCAAGAUUGAGCCCGAGAACGGCGACUUUAUCGUCAUGGCUACGGACGGCCUCUGGGAGAUGCUGACCAACGAAGAGGCCGUCGGCCUCGUGGGCAAGUGGAUCGAGUCGCAGGCCAAGGCGGCUGGCCACAGCGGCAACACGGGCAGCUCGGCCAUGGAGUCGGCAUGGUCCAAGGUCUUUGGCCGCAAGGCGGGCAACGCGCUGCCUGUCGAGGCAGCCGUCGAGGGCAGCACUGGCAAGAACGGCGAGCGCACGCCGAUCCGGCUGCGGCAGUGGGGUAUCUCGCCCGACGACAAAGACAGGUUUGUGGUGAAGGACAAGAACGCGGCCACGCACUUGGUGCGCAACGCGCUGGGCGGCUCCAACGAGGAGCAGGUGUCGGCCCUCCUGACGCUGCCAGCACCUUUUUCCAGACGUUACCGGGACGAUCUCACGGUGCAGGUCAUCUUCUUUGGUGACGGCGCAGGUCCGGCAGCUGGCGGCGACGUGGUCGUGAACCAGGAGGCUACGGGUCCUGGCGCGUCCGUCAAGGCCAAGUUAUAA